AUGAGUGAUUUGAUCAGUGACCUUCCUAAUAGCAUUAUAGAAACCAUUCUGAUACAAGUUCCUAUAAUAGAUGCUACGCGAACAACUAUUUUGUCUCCGAGAUGGAGGGAUAUCUGGCGUUCCAUUAACCAUCUUGUUUUCGAUGAAAAGUCUUUUCCAGUCUAUGUCAAUUACGACGACAGACUAGUUUUUCAUGAAAGAAUUGUCAAGUUUAUCUCCACGGUGUUGUCACUUCACGAAGGACCUAUACAUAAGUUCCAAAUCAGUCACAGAAGCUUGCUCGGUUUACCUGAAAUCGAUGACUGGAUUCUUUUUCUAUCCAGGAAUGGUGGUGUUAAAGAUUUGACUCUUGAUUUGGGAGUUCACCAAUUCUUUAUAAUUCCUUCCUGUUUGUUUGAUUGUGAGAAAUUGACUAGACUGGAGCUCUCGCGCUGCGAGUUGUAUCUGCCUGAUAGUUUUAAGGGAUUUUCUUGUUUGAAGAGGCUCAAUCUUACUCAGGCUCUGGUGUCCUCUCAAGCAAUUGAGAGGCUCGUAUCGACUUGUCCUCUCUUGGAGAGUUUAUCACUUAUACGCUGUGAUUGUUUAGCUCUUACUAUUUCUGCUCCGAAUCUCAAGUACAUGCAGCUCUUCGGUGAAUUCAUCGACAUUCGUUUAGUAGAUAUGCCGCUUUUGGUUGAACUGUUUGUUUCUAUGUAUAUGCCUGAUGAUGAUCUUUGGGAACAAAGUUCAAAUUGCAAUUUUGUUAAGUUUCUUAGUGGUGUGCCAAAUCUUAAGAAACUUGACGGAUUUGUGCACUUCACAAAGUAUUUGAGCAUAGGUAAUGAACUAAGGCAUCUUGCAAUGAUGUUCAACAAUUUGGAGUGUAUUCAACUGCGUCCGGUAUGUUUUACGGACACAAAAGAGAUACUCGUGGUUCUUGGCUUGAUUAGAUGCUCUCCAAAUCUAAAGGAACUUCAAAUUUCAGGUAUGUCAGACAUACGAGUUUCAACUUAUGCACAAGACUUGGAUAUUUGGGAAAGAGAAUGCCCCUCAGAUUCUAUACUUAGCAAGCUUAAAGCUGUAGAUUUGGAAGAAAUGAGUGGUGUUCCACACGAGAUUCAAUUUAUCAAAUUUUUGCUAGGCUCUUCACCUGUCCUUGAGAAAAUGUUUAUCAUUCCUUAUAUAAACAAUAAGGAAUAUCUGUUGAAAAUGACGGUGGAAUUGAUGAAAUUUCGAAGAGCUUCUACUAAAGCCGAAGUUUAUUUCACCCGCCUAGAGUAUCCAAUCCGUGUUUCUUCGGGUUUUUGA